CGACACCAGUUGCAAACACCGUAACAACCACACACAAAAUGGCCUGCAUGUCCCUCUCCAUGAAGUGCGCGGUCGCUGCCAAGCCCGCGGCCCGCAAGGUUGCCCGCAAGGCCACCGUCGCCAAGGCCACCGUCGCCAAGGCUUCCGUGCCCAAGAAGGCUGUGCUCUCCGCCGCGGUCACCGGCCUCGUCGCGCAGACCCUCCCCGCCCUCGCCGUGGUUGACGAGCGCCUCAACGGCGACGGCACCGGCCUCAUCCUCGGCAUCAACGACGAGAUCCUCGGCUUCAUCCUCCUCACCAUCCCCGCCCUCGUCUUCUCCCAGUUCUUCUACGCGCAGAAGGAUGACGGCAUCGCGGCGGGCGGCGAGAACGACGAUUCCGGCCUCUCCCUCUAAGCGCCUUUCGACGAACGACCGCUCUUUAGACGGUCGGACGGAAUUAAGAGACGUUUAGCUACCGGGUGGCGGGUUGAGAUGGACGCGGGCGAUGGCUCGGACACGCGCGUGCUCUAGAUUAGUCGGGUAAUGACGAGCGUCGGGCACGCCCGCGAAGGAAAUCGAGUCUUUUUUUCGAGUCGUUCUCAUUAGAAU